AUGUCCAAAUCUGAAACAAUACCAAUACUUACAGUUGAUACAGCACGUGAAAUCCUUAAUAAAACUUUAGAAGAAUUACAAUCUACAGAAAAUGUUCAAAAGCUUGAAGAAGCUAGAGAUAAUGUAGGGAAUGAGAUGUUAAAAAUGAUGCAAUUUUUAUUUCCAAUAGUAAUGCAAAUACAAAUGGAAAUAAUUAGGGAAUUUGGUUAUCCCGAAGGAAGAGAUGCGAUUAUAAAAUUUACACAAAUGUUACGUUGUUUGGAACGAGAAGAUGCGGAAGUCGCUAGAUUACAUAGCCUGGUAAAAUCAUAUUAUUUACCACCUGUGACAGUUCAUACAACUAAUGAAUCUCCAGCUGAAGAACGGGCAACCAGUAGUUAA